AUGUAUAAUCGUGUAGAUGAAGUCACCGGUGAAAUCAAGAAGGAGUACAAGGAAGGGCUCACCGGAUUUAUGCAAUUUGCUACAAAUCAAGAAAUCUCUCGUGAACAAGGUAAAAUGAGUUGUCCUUGUAGCAAAUGUGAUAACGAGAAAUUCAUUAAUAUUGAGACUGUAUGGAAGCAUUUGUUUUGGAAAGGAUUCACACCCGGGUAUUAUAUAUGGUUUUCACAUGGAGAGGAUUUUGGAACAUUGCCUAGUACUAGUCAUGUUAAUAUAGGCGAGUGUGGAAAUGAAAGAGUAGAAAAUAUGGUUUUAGAAGAAGAAAAUACAAUGAAUAUGGAAGAAGAUAAUGGUGGUAACAUAGUUAGAGAUGUGUUUCGUGAAACCAUUGAUGGGGCUAAUAUUGCUGAGGAACCAAAUGAAGAAGCAAAGCGGUUUUAUGAUAUUCUACAAGCCGCUAGGAAUCCGAUCUAUGAAGGAUGCAAAGAUGGUUUAUCAGCUCUAUCAGCUGCAACUAGGUUGAUGAGUAUUAAAACAGAAUGGAAUUUGGCUGAGGAUUGUGUUGAUGCAAUUGCAGAUUUUGCUAAAGAUUAUAUGCCUGCAGAUAAUCUAGCACCGGGAUCAUUUUACGAAAUUCAAAAAUUGGUCUCGGGACUAGGGUUACCAUACGAAAUGAUAGAUGUAUGCAGAGACAAUUGCAUGAUUUUUUGGGGAGAUGACUGCAAUUUGGAAGCAUGCAAGUGGUGUGGAAAGCAAAGAUUUAAGGAAACGUCUGGGAGAAAAAAAAUUCCUUACCAGAGAAUAUGGUAUUUGCCAAUCACAGAUAGGUUAAAAAGGCUCUACCAAUCUGAACAAACUGCAGCGUCAAUGAGAUGGCACGCUGAACAUGAAUUCACUGGAGAAAUUUCACAUCCAUCUGAUGCAGAAGCAUGGAAGCAUUUUCGAAAUGUUUAUUCUGAUUUUGCGGCUGAAGCACGAAAUGUGUAUCUUGGGUUAUGCACAGACGGGUUCAACCCUUUUGGGAAGUCAGGUCGGAAGUAUUCACUCUGGCCAGUUAUUGUGACCCCAUAUAAUCUACCACCAGCUCUCUGCAUGAAACAAGAAUUUUUAUUUCUGACCAUACUAGUUCCUGGACCAAAUCACCCUCGUCGGUCUCUUGAUGUGUUCCUACAACCUUUGAUCGAAGAGCUGAAAAUGUUAUGGUUCGAAGGGGAGGUUAAAGUAACAAAAAAUGGUCGCCGUUUUGGGUAUGGAACAAUGGAUAUCGGUGAACCAAGUGGUCCAAGUUAUGCAACUCAAUCUCCGGAUUACAAAGCAUUGUAUCUGGAGACACAAACAAAGCUCGUCCAAGUUACCAAUAAGUGUGAUGAGUUGUCUUCUCAAGUUGAAGAUGCUCAGUAUUGGAGUACUGUCAUGCGAAACAUGUUCCCUGAUCAUGUCCCACCCUCUCAAGCUGCAAGACAAGCUGCAACCGCUAAUAACACCUUCGAAGCCUAA